AUGAAGUUCCUCGCUGUUGCCGUCGCUCUAUUGCCCGCACUUGGGUCAGCGCAUACCAUCGCUCAGCGUGUCAGGAUCAACGGGCAGGACCUUGGUCAAGGCAAUGGUAUUCGCGUUGCGCCUUCCAACAAUCCCAUCACGAACGUCAAUGAUGGUAACAUUGCUUGCAAUGCCGGUGCUUCGUCCUCCAGUAAGGUCAUCGACGUCAAGCCUGGAGACAAGGUCGGUGUCAACUGGGGUCAUGUUGUCGGCGGAGCACAAUUCGCAAAUGAUCCCGAUCACCCGAUUGCCAAAUCCCACAAGGGUCCAGCAAUCUUCUACAUGGCGAAAGUCUCAAAUGCCGCCUCCGCUUCCCCCUCUGGCCUCCAAUGGUUCAAAGUCUCUGAAGACGGCCUCGAUAGUUCGGGAAACUGGGGUGUCGACCGCAUGAUCUCAAAUGGUGGAUGGACUGAAAUGACGAUGCCGUCCUGUGUUGCACCUGGCCAAUAUCUCCUCAGGGCCGAAAUGAUCGCUCUGCACAGCGCUAGCACAACCGGCGGUGCGCAGUUCUACAUGGGCUGCGCGCAGAUCAAUGUCUCAGGGUCUGGAUCGAAGAUCGGGAAUACGGUCAGCUUCCCUGGUGCCUACAAGGCGGAUGAUGCUGGGAUCAAGCUUAGCAUCUACAAUGCUCAAGGCCAGCCCAAGGGGAACGGAACACCGUACAAGAUCCCUGGUCCGGCGAAGCUGCAAUGCUAG